AGGGCGGCACCGCGCACUGCCGGGGCGGGGCCGACCGCCCCCUUCCUGCCGCAGCUCCCAAUAUGGCGGCGGCCAGCGCAGCGCGGGCCGUUGGUCGCCGCUCCAGGAGCCUCUUCGACAUCUUCGUGGCUGAGGUUCCCUGGACAGUAUCGAGCAAGGAGCUGAAGGAGUACUUCUCCCAGUUCGGAUCAGUACAGAGGUGCCACCUGCCGUUUGACAAAGAUACAGGCUUUCACAGACGUUAUUGCUGGAUUAAAUUCUCAACUCAAGAUGAUGUUUGGAAUGUGUUUCAGAAGGACACCCACAUACUUGAAGGUGCCAAGCUCUCUCUCAAACAACAGUCCUACAGAAGACGCAGUCAAAGAAAGAAUCAAAGUGAGUGAGCGAUGGAAGGAGGCUUUAUUUCACUAAAUGUAAAGAAACUAAAAUAAAGAUUACUGAGAAACUA